UGAAUCCGUCUCCGGCGGCCAGGGAAACGCCGGAUCAUGGGCGUCCAAGAGCGGGAAGCACAGAGGCGGCGGGGCUGAGCCCCGCUGAGACCUCUGGGCCGGCCAUGGGCGAUCGGGAGCGCAACAAGAAGCGGCUGCUGGAGUUGCUGCAGGCUGCGGGCACCGGCAACGGGCACUGCGCCGACUGCGGGGCAGCGGAUCCUGAUUGGGCCUCUUACAAGCUGGGGAUUUUCAUCUGUCUCCACUGCUCUGGCGUCCACCGCAACUUCCCAGACAUCAGCAAAGUUAAAUCCGUGAGACUGGACUUCUGGGACGACAGUAUGGUGGAGUUCAUGACUCACAAUGGGAACCUCAGUGUGAAAGCCAAGUUUGAAGCUAGAGUCCCAGCUUUCUACUACGUCCCUCAGGCCAACGACUGCCUGGUCUUAAAGGAACAAUGGAUUCGAGCUAAGUAUGAAAGACAGGAGUUUAUGGCUGAUGAGAAAGCUGUCUCACUCCCAGGUAACCGAGAAGGGUUCCUGUGGAAGCGAGGACGGGACAAUGCACAGUUCCUGAGAAGAAGGUUUGUCCUUCUGUCGAAGGAAGGCCUCCUGAAGUACUACACCAAGGAGGAGGGUAAAGCCCCAAAGGCUGUCAUCAACAUCAAGGACUUAAAUGCCACCUUCCAGACAGAGAAGAUUGGACAUCCCCACGGGCUGCAGAUAACCUACAGGAAAGAGGGCCACACCAGGAACCUGUUUGUAUAUCACGACAGUGGAAAGGAGAUAGUGGACUGGUUCAAUGCUCUCCGUGCAGCCCGCCUGCAAUACUUAAAAUUGGCCUUUCCUGAUCUCCCAGAGUCUGAGCUCGUGCCUCUCAUCACCAGGAACUACCUCAAACAAGGCUUCAUGGAGAAGACCGGUCCAAAGCAUAGAGAACCCUUCAAAAAAAGAUGGUUUGCCUUGGAUCCUCAGGAGCGGAGGCUGCUCUAUUAUAAGAACCCGCUGGAUGCUUUUGAGCAGGGCCAGGUUUUUCUGGGAAGCAAUGAGCAGGGAUAUGAGGUAUGGGAAGACCUGCCCAAGGGCAUCCGAGGGAACCGCUGGAAGGCUGGACUUACCGUCAUCACUCCAGAGCGGAAGUUCAUCUUCACCUGCCCCACUGAAAAGGAACAGCGAGAAUGGCUGGAGAGUCUGCGGGGUGUCCUGUCCAGUCCCUUGUCACCCCUCCACCUCCUCAGUGAGAAGAGGGGGAUGGGUGGGGGUUCUUUUGGCCACAUCAGCAGAGACUGGCUGUGGCCUGCGGUGACCCAUUUCGGAGGAUCUGGCUGGCUACUGAGCACCUGAAGUCCUGGAGAACUGUUCACCUCAGCCCUGGUUGUCCAGAAGGAAGCCCUGAGGCCAGCAGCUGCCCUGUCAGCGAACUCUGUCAAGACUCAGGGUGUGGUUGAUCCUCCGGCUCCCUCGGCUCCUUCCAGCAAACAUUUCCCAGCCAUGAGGAGCUGGUACAGAGAAUUCAGCUCUCCAAGCUUAGAAGUCCUGAAGGUUUGGUUCCUCAUAACUGCACCGAGAGCUGGCCAUGGUGAUGCAUGCCUGUCGAGAGGCAAGACAGCCAUGAGCCCAGUGACAACCUGUACUACACAGGGAGUUCAAGUCCAGCCUGAGUUACAUAGCAAGACCUUGU